ACAGAACACACAGAACACUAAUGAAGAGACACACUGCAUGAGCUUCUCAACAUGAAAUUUGUGGUUUUUCUUUUGCUUGCAGUGGCGACAGCUUUUGCGGCAGAAGAUUCAUGCGAUGGACGUUGCCAGAGUGGUUUUGACCCCACACAAAAAUGCCAGUGUGAUACUAUGUGCAAGUACUAUGAAAGCUGCUGUGUGGAUUUUGACACUACAUGCCGAACAAAGAUUGCCCGUGGAGACACAUUUGAAAUUUCAGAGGAUCUCACCCUAGAAUCAAAUUCAACAGUAAAUACCAAUGAGUACAACAAUAAGGACCCAGCUCCGGACUCUAAUGCAGAAAUUUGCAGCGGACAAGCAUUUGAUGCAUUUUUGCAGAUGAAGAAUGGAUCCAUCUACGCCUUCAGAGGUGAAUACUUCUUUGAGCUGGAUGAAAAGGCUGUGAUGCCAGGCUAUCCCAAACUCAUAAAGGAUGUGUGGGGCAUCCCUGGUCCCAUCGAUGCUGCCUUUACUCGAAUCAACUGCGAAGGGAAAUCUUACAUAUUCAAGGGUAACAAGUACUGGCGUUUCGAUGGUCAUGUCCUUGAUCCAGGUUACCCAAGAAAUAUCUCAGUGGGGUUUGACAACAUUCCAGAUGAUGUUGAUGCUGCAAUUGCUCUACCUGCUGUGGGCCACCGCAAAAAAGAGAAAGCGUACUUCUUUACAGGUUCUAUGUAUUACCAGUACGAGUUCAAGCACCAGCCGUCUCAUGAGGAGUGUAAUAAUAUGUUAAAGUCCUCUCCUUCUGUUAUGUUUACCCACUACACUGAUGUGUACUGUGACUUCGACCUAAAUGAUUUGUUUAACCUGAUCUUCCGAGGCACACCAGGACACCAUACAGGCCCAGGUUUUAUAAACAUAGACUGGCAAGGAAUCAAACCCCCAGUAGAUGCAGCAAUGUUGGGCCGACUAUAUGUUAGCGACUAUAGAGAGAUACCUUCUUCCUCAUCAGCACCUUCUGUAGAAAAAAGUCGUGGAAGAACCCGAGGUGGUCACAGAAGGAAAACCAAGAACAAAAGAGUCAGAGUCAGCCGCUCCACCUUCUGGGAAGAUCUAGGGUUGGAUUAUGAGGAAAGGUAUUUUGGGGCUCAAAUGCGAAAUAAGAAAAAACACCAUAGCAGACGUCCAUCUCUUUUUGACUACAUCUAUGAUUCCAUGGAGUCUGAUGAAACACAGAACAUAGGGCAGAUUAAAGGAACGCCAAUGCAAAAUGUCUACUUCUUUCAGAAAGAUAAAUACUACAGAGUGGAUCUGAAGUCCAAGAGGAUUGAUUAUGCAGACCCUCCCUAUCCAAGAUCCAUUGCCAAGUACUGGCUGGGAUGUAAAGAGGAGGACCUGGCAGAGAAAAGAUAAAAUGUCGCUUUUAACUCACAGCUAUACACAAUAAACACUAAAUAUUAA